GUGACACUGAGAAAAAUAAUUCUGGAAAACUUAAUUCAUCUGCACAAGUUGCUACAAAAUCAACAACCGAUUUGCAAUCAGCAAGUACUGAUUAGUAUGAUUAGAAGGAUGAUAGCAUAAACAUUAAAAUAAAAUAUCUUUACUCAAAAAUGUAUAUACAAAAUAUGGAAUCAUCUCAAUUAAUGAAAGAGCUACAAUUAUGUACAGAGGAUACUAUAAUUUUCAGAAAAUUAAUCAACUAUGCCUUGUCGCAUAAACAAUUAUGGAAUGAUGAAAAUCUGAAGCAAUGGCAACCAGUACUCAGAUACAUUAUACAAAUCUUUAUUCCAAAUCCAGAAAUAAGAAGAGAGCGAGCUCUAAUAGCUUCCCAGACAUUUUUUGCUUUAUUGUCAAUGGAUCCUGCUUUAGUAUUUUUAAAUCGUACUCUUAAGAAUUUUUUAAAUUCAACUUCUAAUGAGCUAUGCUUUUUGAAUGAUAAAUAUGACACUAUUGAUUCUGAAUUGUUCAAGUUAAUUAGUGCUUACGGCUACUUACAAGUAAACUGUAACGAAAUAUAUACUAACGACGUUUGUUCUCUAACUUUUUAUAUGACUUAUGAGCACUGUAUUAAGUACACUAAGCACUCUUAUUUUGCAUACAAAGUAUUGCACUUGUGGUUACACAGAACUAUGAAUACAUAUUUCUGGGACAUGUGCGAGUUAGUAAUAGAGAAAAAACUGGAGGCAAUUAUUUUUUCAAAUUGGUGUAAUGCAAUCAGUGAGAUAAGUAAACAGAAUACUAUAUCCAUUUUUAAUAUGUACUUGAAAAUCAUGGAGAAAAAGUAUGAUGGUUACUUGGAAUUUAUAUUUGCACAUUGCAUUGAUAAAAUUUCUUGGCAAAAUGAGAUAAAGUACGAUAUUCUUGCUGAAAUUUGCGAAGUUUGGAAUAAUGUUGGAGCGAUGACAUCCAGUGAAUUUUUACUUUCAUUAUCGACUAGUCUAACAAAGUACAAUUUGCGAUCAGCAGGAACAAAAGUUUAUAUUGCCAUUGUAAAGAAAUUAAGCGAGGAUGAGUGGAAGAAAGCUUUUGGUUGCACAAUCCAUUAUCUUUUUCAUCAUUGGGAGAAAACAGAAGGAGCAAAUUACAAUGCUCUUCAAUUACUCUGUAAACACUGGCUUGAACCAAUUGCAAAAAGAUAUAAGAAUAUUCUAACAUACUUAUGGGAUCUAGCAAAAGAUAUUAAUGGAUAUUUCAUUCAAUCAUAUCUUCAAAAAUUAGCUAAAGAAAUGAAUAUUGAUCUUGUACAAGAACCAAAGAUUGAAUACUACAUAAAUCACAAUAAGGAAAUUGUAAGAUUGAAUGGAUUUGCAAUAAAUUGUUUUCAAUUAAAUAAUUUAUAUGACAAAAAUAGAGAUCAGUUCUUUACAGUAAGAAAUUUCCUGUGGAAUAAUGCAAAUAGCACAUCAGUGUUUAUGAGAGAUUCUAUUGUUAAAUAUUUUAAAAUAUUUUAUGCCAAUGUGUUAAAGAUGAGCGACAAUCAGCCAGAUUGUAUAAAUGAUCUUUAUUAUAUUACACAUUGGUUGCACGAAUUUUUGCUGGACUGCUUUGAAAUUGGAUCCUGUUAUCAACGAAAAAUACUUGGUUUGAAUUUAUACAAAGCCAUGCUUUGUUUUACUAACGCAAAUGCAUUGAAUAAAUCUAACAGCAUCGAAAAUGCAUCGUCCACUUUACUAUUGCAAAAACAUUUGAAAGAAACAAACAAUUGGAAUUUCACAAAUAAACUAAGCUUAUUUAAUUUAUUGAAUCUUGUAUUAGAUUCUGCACUUGAUAUUAAACAACUAAGUACUUCCAUUAUACUUGAUUACUUCGAUAAAGAUUUAUUGACUAAUUCGGAGAAACAAGUAUUAUACAGAGUAGCCUUGCUGCGUUGUAAUUCCUAUAAGUUUUAUGAAAUCGAAAGUGGUGCAGCUCUAUUUACAAUUAUAGCAAAUUGGCUACCUUUAGAUGAUUUGGACAGAUGCACUACUUAUACUAACUAUUCAAGUUAUUCAGAUUUCUUGCUUAAUGAAGCAGCAAAUCAACUAAUUCAGAUGAAAGAAGAUGUGCUGAAGGCAAUUGUUCAGAACAAACCAUUUUAUGGAAUGCUAGCCGCUUUGUUAAAUAUUGCUUUUCGAAACGGCCCAGAACAUAAUCGUUUAACUCUGGAAUUCGUUGAGAGAAUAUUAUCUAUAUUGAAGGAUGCUACUAGUUUCUUUUUAUCCAUAUUGUCUUCGAAGUCUGAAAAUAGAGAGUAUUCAUCGUCUUUCGCGGAAAUGGGAUUAGCAAUUGAUGCAGUCAUUAAAAACAGUGAAAUCAAUAGCAUUGAUUUUGAUGAACUUUCUUUAACUCCUGCACAUCAGGUUCUUAUUUCUUGUAUUUGGAUGUCUCUAAAGAUUUCUUGUGAAAUAGCUUCUGAAGUAGGAAUACUAAUGCAUUCAGAUGAAACUGUGAAGUGUUCUACUAACAUCAUUGUUACUGUAUUACUCAGAUGUAGACACAAAGGUGUAGUGGAAGCUGCAGGUGCAGCAAUAGGUCGUUUAACUAGGUGUUUAUGCAACCAAGCUAAAUAUUACGACUUGACGAAAAUUCAAGUCUUGCGUAUUCUAGAAGACGACGCUAUGCAUUCCUUGAACAUUACCAGAAGAGGUGCAGGAUUGUCAAUAAUGUUUCAUAGAAUUGUCGUCAGUGACAAUCGUAGAGACAGACCCCUUCUGCAUUUUGCAGUGCAGAUGUUGUUGCAAUUACUGGAUAAUUUUUCCAGUGCUUCUUCAGGGAAUGUAAAGUCACAACACGAUUCUCCUUGGGCAAGACGUCUACAUUUUCUUCGCGCAUUGGUAGCUGACAAAGAAAUACAGGCACAGUUGAUUCCGUACAUGGAGAGGAUUACAUUGACUUGCUUCAGAUUCUUGGAGUCUGAACUGUGGACCAUUAGAAAUGCAAGUCUUCAGUUGUUUGGCGCAAUCGUUCCACGAUUGGUGGGCCAAAGUUAUGGAGAAACUCUAGAUUUUACAACUGGAUAUCCCAUCAAUCACUUUGUUACACAUUAUCCUGUACUCUCAAAUUACGUCAUGGAAGAACUCCAAAAAUUUUCUUCCACUUUUAUGAAUUUUUCUACAACACUGUACUUGCACUCGAACAUUGUACACGUUCUCAUACUCCUUUCAAAGUUCACGAACAGUGGUUGCAAUUUAAUCAAUUACUCUUCUGAGAAAUUUGUAACGAAGGUGAAGCUUUUAUUACGUAAAUUGUUUAAAAAUCCCAUUUGGUACAUCAGACUUUUGUCUGCAAAGGCUUAUGCGGCUUUGACGGACUUCUUGAGUAUUAAGUUUGAGAUUACAGAGCUAAAACAGUAUGUUUCUUUAAGCAAGGGUGCUAAUUUAAUCCACGGUAAUUUAUUAACUAUAAAAUAUCUGAAGGAAAAACUAUCGAUUGAAGCUGAAAAUUUGAGUUUGGAGUCGCAUGUUGUACAACGUACAAACACUAAUAAACAAUGCACGGAGCUACUACGAUUUCGAGAGAUAUUACAAAUUUGGGACAACAUGUAUAAAGAGGAAAGUAAAAUUUGUUAUGUAUUAGAAACGAUGCGUUUACAAUUAGCAGAUUCUUGUUUAGAUCAAUUAAACGCCACAGACAUAUUUCUUUUCGAUCAAAAUAUUUCUGUAUUCUCUUCUGAGAGGACAAAGCCAGGCUUCUUCCAAUUUGUUGAUUAUUCUACGAAACUAUAUGCAGAUUAUGUUAGAAGAACAAAUAACAUUUCCUCUGACACUGUUUACUACAUUUUAUCCUCCCAUAAUAUGGACCAAUGCACUUCCUUCUUAGAUAAUGUAGGAAACUGUAUGUUAGUUUUAAAAAUUGUUCUUGAACAUUUACUACUGAACGAAAACGAUUUUAUUCAAGUGAACGUGAAUGCAAUGUUCAAUUACGCUCUGAACACUUUGCAAAAGUUAUCGUUGCAAGAUAUCAAUAAUUUAGACAUGAAAAAAUCAGUGAAAAAUUUAUGUUUUCAACGAGAAGAAAGUGCAGGAAAUUCUAAACUAUGGCGCUUGAAGUCUAUAUUAAUAAUAAUGUAUUCAGAAGACAACGCAAUUAUAAAUGAGAUAUUAUCUCAGGUUCUGAAUUUAUGUGUUUAUGAAGAAGAAUGUAAGAGACAAACGGCGGUCGAAUUUAUACAGUUCUCGAUGCAGCGCUUUGCAGAGUUAACAAAUGACAAUAAAUUAACAAUUCUGCACUGUUGUCUGAUUUUGCUAAAAGAUGAAAUCUCAGAAAUACGUGAAUCUAUCGUGCAGAGUCUAAGACUGCACGUUUUCCAAGAAAUUGCACAUGACGAGUGCAUGUACCAAACAUUAUUAGAUGAAGUAAUGCUCGAUCGACUAAAAUUAGUUUCAGAUAAAAAUGCAAAUCUGUUUUUCAUCAAACUGUUUACGCACAAUGUUAAAAACUUCGACGUUGACAUGACAAUUGUAAAUCCCUUUUACCACGAUAACAAUCCGGUUUACAGGGAGGAGUCGAAGUUUUUAAAUCUUUGUUUUUAUUACAUACAACGAAAUAAGUACAAUUCUGACAAUGGUUCAACAGAAAAUACCGCAAAGUACAGUAACGAGAGCGACGUUGUUGACGUCUUAAAUAAGAUCGAAACAAAAUAUUGCCUUCAGCAAAUGUAUCGUCACGAUUUUACUAAUUUAGAAGUGUUCUUAAAUACUAAAUACGUAGACUAUUUAUUAAUGAAGCAAAAAAUUGUAAUACAGGAGUACAUUUAAUGAUAAUCACAAUGUACAAUUGAAACGAACGAUAAGCACCGAGGCUUGGAUCUUCUAAUUAAAAACUAAUUGUACUUGUGAGGAGUCUCAAAUAAAUCUUUUCUAACCCAUCAAA